AUGAACUUUCUCUUGGCCCUGCAGCUGCUGAUAGCGGCGGUCUCUGCCCUUACCGUAAGGGCGCCAACCAUCGCCGACGAUCUCAAGGCGCUUGUAUCGACACCGUCCUCGGUGUCCAUUGACUUUCGGGCAAGAUGGAGUACCUUCAACGCGCCUAGCCCGGCAGUAGUGGUGAACGUGACUUCAGAGAAGGAUGUCGCCGUUGUCGUCGAGUACUGCUCAAGCCGCAGUAUCCCGUUCGUCGCCCAGAAUGGCGGCAACGGUUGGGGCGAGACGUUCGACCUCGGCUGCGACGGCGUUCUCAUCAAUCUCGCCGCGCUGAACGCCGUCACUUUCAGUGACAGCAAGACGGAGGCGACCAUUGGUGGCGGAGCCAUCAUCGGCGAGACAAUCAAGGCGGCCAACGAAGCUGGUGUUUUGGUUCAGACCGGCAACUGCAACUGCGUGGGUACCCUCGGCGCCAUUCUCGGCGGUGGUUAUGGCAACAUCAUGGGUGAAGUCGGUUUCGGAGUUGACAAUAUCCUCUCUCUGCGCGUCGUCGUCGCAAGCGGAGAGAUCCUCACAGUCUCGCCGACCUCCCAUCCAGAUCUCUUCUGGGCUCUUCGAGGCGCCGGGCCCAACUUCGGCAUCGUCACCUCGGCCAAAGUCAGAGCCUGGCCGACGUCAACCCAAGAACGCAACGCAUGGCUCGUGAACCUGUUCUUCUCUCCCGAACAGCUCCCGCAGGUCGCGCAGGCUAUUCAAGACCUGCCGCUGGCGCCUGAACAAAACGUCUUCCUCAUCCUUGCGAACUCCGGGCCGCCUUCCAACGCACCGACCGUCCUCGUGUCGGGAUUCUUCAGGAACGGAACCGAAGAGACUGGCCGCGCCGCAUUCGCUUCACUCUACGCCCUCGGACCGACCUUGAACAGCAGCAGCGUGGCCGGUUACGACGCCUGGAACGCGGCCAACGACCCCUUUUGCGCGCGCGGCGAUCGCAAGCCGGCGUUCAGCACGACCAUCAAGCACAUGCGGCCCAAGACCUGGCCGGCGAUCUGGGAUCUGUAUGCCUCGUUCCAUGCAAAGGCGCCCAACUCGGUCAUCCUCAUCGAGCGUUACAACUUGACGAAAGCUCAGAGCGCCCCCGAGGGAUCGGCGGCUCUGCAGGAGGCGUUGAGGAGGGACGCUUUUGCGCAGGCUGUUGUGAUUCCGUGGUAUACGGAUGCCGCGUUGGAUGCGGAGGCUGAUGAGUUUGGGCGCAGUGUGAGGAGCAUUUGGACUUCGCCCAAGAAGGCGACGAGGAACCCGACGUAUGUCAACUUUGCCCAUGGUGACGAAACGCCCGAGGCCAUCUAUGGGACGAGUCUGGCAAGGUUGAGGAAGCUGAAGAAGAAGUGGGAUCCUUUGUGUGCGUUUAAUCAGUGGUUCACAGUUGGGGUAUAG